GUGCAUUCCAGACUUCCUCUAUAGCACGUACUUCCUUCACACUUCUGCAGCUAUAAACAGUUUCCUUGAUGUCUCUCCCUAGACAGCGUAACAGGGAAACCUACCUGCAGUAAAUAAAUAAAAAGUGGACACAGGGAUUUACAAUGUUUAGCGCUGUUUUUCUCCUUUGCUGUCAACUGUGUGUCAGUUGGAGCAACGCAAGGCCGUCUGCACGGAAUCUGGGCCCAAUGAACAACAGACCGAUUAUCGGUAUUCUGACGCAGGACGUCGUGGACGAUGAAAUGAAACCGUUCGGGAAGACAUACAUACCCUCUUCAUAUGUGAAGUAUUUAGAAUCAGCGGGGAGCCGGGUUAUGCCCAUCAGGUUGACCCACACUCCUGAAGAGUACGAGGACAUCUUCAAGCGCAUAAAUGGCUUGUUGCUGAUCGGAGGAGCUUCGGAUCUGGAGACGUCUGACUUCUCCAGGGUGGCUCAGAUCUUCUACAGGCUGGCCCUGACGGCCAACGAUUCAGGUGAUGUGUUCCCCAUCUGGGGCACCUGUCUGGGGUUACAGCUGCUGACCUACCUGGUGACAGGAGAGAACCUUCUGACCAAAACUCCGGCUGAGAACAUGGCCCUCCCUCUCAACCUCACAGCAGAGGCCCAUUCCAGUAAGAUGUUCCUGAGUUUUCCCCGCGAGAUUAUGACGGCUCUAACCCACGAGCCUCUGACUGGGAACUUCCACAACUAUGGAGUGACAGAAAAGACUUUCGUGGAUAAUAAGGAGUUGCAGAGUUUCUUCUCCAUCCUGUCCACUAACGUUGCUUCGAAUGGGGCCGUCUUUGUCUCUACAAUGGAAGGGAAGAAAUAUCCAUUUUAUGGAGUCCAGUGGCACCCAGAGGUGAACCGUUUCAUGUGGAAUACUAAGAUGAACUUCCCUCACUCCCCUAAUGCUGUGAGAGUGUCCUCUCUACUGGCUGAAUUCUUUGUCAAUGAAGGCAGGAGAAGUUGGCAUUCCUUCAGCUCACCUGAAGAGGAGGCUGCAUCGCUGAUCUAUAACUACACACCGACCUACUCUGCAAACUUCACAUCUUAUCAACAGAUCUACUUCUUCUGACAGGCUGAACUGACAGGAAAACAAUUUGAUCCCGUGCCCACAUAGGAAAAGAGUUGUCCUGCUAUAAAAAAAAGUUUUAUAUUUUUACAAGUUUUAUAUUCAGGCAAAUGUUGCUGGCUUGUGAUGCAGUUCAAUAAAUAUUGUAUCGUCCUAGUUCUGAAAUUGAAAUACAUAUAUUAAAAAGAAACAGUGUUUCAUGAUUUCAUGAAA